AACCGUGUUUAUGAAGUAAUGGAGAAACAUCUUAAUUAUACUGCAGACAAUUCUAAUUUUCCAACAUCAGUAACAACGAUUCAUGUGCUUGUAUAUACAUUUGUACGUGCUUUGGUUACAAUUUCGGUUGGUUCUGAAACAACAGAAGAUGUUGCAAAAUUGAAGAAAAAAUUAAAUGGAUUCUUAGAAAGAUUAGCUGCUGGCACUAUGGUAUCCAUAGAUGACGAGAUGUCCAUACCAAACUCCAAAGUACAAAUUCAUAAAUAUGACACUCUUGCACGCUGUAUAUUUUUAGAAGGCUUAAUAAAAUGCAUAUUGGUUAAAGAUGUUCAACUGAGAAAAUACGUGUUGGAAAAUCUUUUAGAGAAAUAUUGGACAGUACCUGAUACAACGAUGAAUGAUCUGCAUGAACAUGUUAUCAAAAUAUUUGCCCAAGCAACUUUUGAAAUUCUUCGUGACCCUAAAUCUUCAUUAAUUGAUUCAGAAAACCCUUAUGUAUCACUUCCUCAUAUAAUCCUUCGAAUAAUGAAUCAAACUCUUCCUGCAAAAAAUCUUCGGAGGAUAUCUCCUCAUGUUGUACGAUCGCUCGUUAAUGUAGUCAUUUCUAUUUUUACUUUACCAUGGCCAUCUGAAGCUAAUACUCGGAUCUCGUUAUUUACAUCUCCCGCGUCAUCUAUUGGCCGACGCACUCCUUCACCGUCUAGAAGCAUUAACAAUAAUCGACAAAAUGACAAUGAAAUUGAUAUUUCCCUUGAAAUGGAUCAAAAUUCAGAAAAUAUAUCACGUGAUAAAAAAUUUACAGCAGACGGAAUGUUAGCACCAGAGAUGUCAAAACAACCAGAGAAUCAUAUCUUAACAUCUGCGAAAGUAUACGUUGAAGCUUUAUGGAAUGAAGGAUGGAAAAAUGAAAUUAUUGAACUUGUGAAAGAAUUUUCGGAUGAUUUGGGAAGAAUUAUUGCAAUAUUUGACCAACUAGUGUUUGGAAUAAAUGACACCAUAGGUAACGAAAUUGUCGUAGCGACUAUUUCUGACUUAUUUGCUGUAAGUUCCUUAAGUUUAUUAUUACAUUCAGAUAAAAAAGUUGCUGAAUAUCUUCAUCUGAUUUUUAUACUUAGAAAUUAUAUGAGUGGUAUAGAGUUGUUCAUGCAGGAUGCCGAAUUAAUAAGUGUUGUUAUUUUAAGUGAUGUUGGACGUGACUCAUCUAUGACUGCAUCGGCUAUAAGCAGCACUUCUAAAAUUCCGUGGAGCUCUGUAACUUUAGGACAAUGUGUUAUUAUUAUGGAAUUUAUACUGACAAUCCGACAAUUGAGACUACAACCUGAG